GUUUUACUCAAUGGACAGUUUAUCUGGGGAAUAAAAGCACUGGCAUUUGUUUCUUGUUGUUAUUUCCUGAAGCGACAGAUCAUAAAACACCUUCUUGUUGAUUCCUGCGGCCGCGUUGUCUCAUCUGACACAGAAAAGGUGGAAAUCCCCUCAGAUCUGGCAACAAGCGCGUGCGUGUGCUGACUGGCAUGGACAGUCGGGAGUUGGGAGCCCUGCUGGGGGAGUGCCUCCAGGCAGCAGAGGAGCUGGAGAACAGCCAGCCGUCAGAGGAACACAGGCUGCAACACUGCAGAUGCACAGGUCAGGCACCAGUGCUCUGUGCGGCCGGCGGCGCCCUGUGUGCGGAGCUGGCCUCUCUGCUGCAGGACGCCGUGGACAUGAAGUGGCCAUUCGUGCCGGAGAAGUGGCAGUAAAAGCACUCGUCAGCGCCGCCGACAAGCAACCUGAGCGAUUCCAUCGGCAAGCACCUGCCCAGCUGCUGGCCUGUCCUGAAAUCCUCCAUCCUGGCUCAGGAGGCCCGCCUCGGCGCUGGCGGUGGUCUUUCCGUGGACCGCUAUUACUGGAUCGACGAAUACAGCAGGCUGUUGGAGAUCGCCAAGCUGCUGCACAGGCACUGCCGGGAAGCACCGAGCCCGCAGCUGGUCAUCAGGCGCCGGGUACACUUCAACUCUGGCAAGUUGCAGAAGGCCGAGUACAUCCUGAGCAGCCUGAUCAAAAACAGCGGUGCCACAGGUUGUUGGGUGUACCAAUCUGAAAGUGACAAGGUGCUGGUGCAGGCCGUCAGCGUGCAAGUCCGGGGGACGAUUCUGCAAAAACUGGGCCUGUGGCGAGAAGCGGCGGAGCUAAUCUGGGCUUCUCUGGUUGGCUACUACUCCCUUCCUCAACCUGAUAAAAAGGGUAUCAGUAACUCUCUGGGUAUUCUGGCCAACAUCUUGGUGUCUAUGAACGAUGAGGACUUCCAGGCUUUCAGCACCAAUCCCGAUAUCGAUUUUUCUUUACUCGGGGAUGGGAGUCAUCGCCUCCUAUCAGCUGCCCAGGCAGCUAAGACUGUGGUGUACAGUCAGUAUACGUCACUGUUCGUGUUGACCAACGCUGGUGACUCAGGGGACCUGCUGCUGUCCUACAGUUUCUCUGUGGAGUGCCCUGACUCCCAGAAGCACUCAUUCCUCCUGCAGGCUGAAGAAGCUUUUGCGAUCGGGCUGCUCACCAAAGCAGAGCGUGAUGUAGUCACCAGCCAGCAGGAGCUUCAUACCUUCCUCAAGGCUGCGUAUUCCCUCACCGUCACUUGCAAAUGGCUCGAGACUCCUCCCAAUGUUGUGGCGCAGGCAUCUCAAGCUUGCCAGAUAGCAAUAGAAAAAUUCUACCAAUACUGCCAACCCACCACAGAAGAGAAGACCUCACUUUCGACUGAGAUCAUGCACCAGGUGGCCCAAGUCAAACAUAUGCUGCAAGUGGAGCCGUUUGAGAAUUCAGACAAGGGGUCAUUCAUCCCUGACAGCUACAGAAACAUCGAAGACGUCUCAGUAAAGUUCACUACGGAAGGUUUCUCAAAAAUAAUGCAAAGAUUUGAGCAGUAUCAUGAAUCUGUGAGCAAGACCAAUGAGGUAAACUGUGGAGGGGCCGAAGGGAAGGCAGAUGAUCUACCUGAUACUGAAAGUGAUGAUUCUGAAUCAGACAGCGUGCCUCAACCUGCUGAUGAAAACAAGAGGCCAAACUCUCGGGGUGACUCUGGGGUCAGUUCACAGGCUCCUCCAAAUUCUUCAAAGCACACUUCUCCAUCCAGUGCCAGUACUGAUUCUGGUGGGUUUGAAGUGAUCGGAGCUGAAAUAGAGAUGAAGAGCACUGGAGAAGUGGCGUCCUUAUCCCAGCUAACUCUUCGUAGUUCCUCCAGUUCCCUCGGUGACAGUUUUGGUUCCCAAUCAAUUUCAGCUGACCUCAACUUCUCCUCAUCUGGGAAACGUGAGCCAAUUAGCCAAUCAAAAGCAGGAACCAGCCACAGAAGCAAGUCACAAGAUUCUGACGAGAGUUUCUCCUUCCUGGACACAACUGACUCAGAAGACAGCAGUUCAACUCCUGAUCACAGGACAAGAACCACGCAUCUGGACGGGAAGCCUCUUCAAAACCACAGCCUCACCUUCACUGAGGUCAGCCCGGCGGGGCAGUUCGUCUUAUCUCCGGAUUACCGAGCACUGCUGGCCGGGGUCUGCCAUGAGUGCCUGCUGAAAAGGUUACACAGUGAUAAAACCGAGUUCAAACUCAAGACGCUCAUGACUGCCAGUAACGCUCUUCAUUUGAAGUUCUCUAAGACCACUGGACUGUGGACAGCCAGGGAAACCUGCCUUUACAUCGGAGAGGAUAUGAAAAUGGAAGGCUGUCAGAGAAGAGCACUAUGGGUGCAUUUUUUGCACCAGGAGGAGAGGUUAAGCAGCUAUGUGGGGAAAGAUUACAAGAAGCCAAGGGGUGUCCAGUUUCACCUGAAAGAUGUGGAGAGGCAGUUGACAGCACAGUACUACAUGACUGAAUUCAAUAAGAGUCUCUACGACAAGGAGGUCAUGGCACAGAUCUUCUUCAUCCCAUCGAGGCGCUGCUGGUGAGGAACUAUCUUGGAUGGGAACAAGAUUGUUGGUUGCAUUACGGUGGAGCCCUACAUGUUUGGGGACUUUGUCAAACUAACCAACAAACAGGAUAAAAUCAAUCCCCGGUUCCAGGCCACUGAGUUUGGCCUUGCCUUCGGGCACUUCACCUACCAGUUCUCUGACCGACAGGAAAUCGUGGUAGACUUGCAAGGUACAGUAUGUCCAUGUGUGGGGGUAACGGCCAACGGCAAAGGACUGACUUACCUCACUGAUCCCCACAUUCACUCUACCAAGGUCCCUGCAAGUAGAUCGAACUUCUCCCAAAGAGGCUUCAGAUACUUUGUAAAUCAGCAGCAUGGACCACACUGCAAUGAGAUCUGUCAGCUGCUGGAGCGAGCUGCGUCCAAUGGGCAGGUUGUGAAACAUUUCCAACGGAAACUUCGAAAUGAUGCUGACAUCGAAUGUUCAUGCGAAUACCAAACAUUUGCCAAUGUACUAGUGCCGGGGAACUGCUGUUAUUGAUGAACGCCAAAGCCUUGAUUCUGCUUUUUAGAAGGUACAGGUUUAAAUACUACUCUCCAAAAGAUCACAGAGAAUGUUUUUUUACUUAGGAAUCCAUUUUUUAAACUAAAUCUUAAAAGAUUCCAGAAACACAACACUAAGAACCAAGAAUUUCAGAAAUUUGCCAUUUAAAGCUUGCUAUUGAAGUUGUAUUGUGGGAGUGAGAUUAUGAAAACCUGCAGGAUUCCUGCACCAUGAAAAGAGGCUGUGCCGCAAAUAUUUCAGAUUUUUACCUCCACAAGGAGGUUAUGUAAUCAUGUCAGUUUAUUGGUUUGUUGGUUGGUUGGUUGGUUGGUUGGUUGGUUGGUU